GCCAUAACUUGUGCUCUGCCUCCGCACCAUCCUAUCAAGUUCACCACAUACAAUGAUUACGAAGUACAUUAUCACAAAGCACAUUCGUUCAGAUGUAUACAAUGCGCCAAGAAUUUCCCCUCCGAACGCUUUCUCUCUCUGCAUAUUGCCGAAAGUCACGAUCCUUUUAAUCGUGUCAAACGAGACAGGGGCGAAAAGACAUAUCAUUGCUUUGUCGAGGAUUGCGAAAAGGUCUGCAGCACUCCUCAGAAGCGGCGAAUGCAUUUGAUUGACAAGCAUAUGUUUCCCCGUAACUACGAUUUUCAAAUUGUAAAUCAUGGCUCAGACAACCGCACCUCGCUGCUG